GCCGGAUCGUUACAGUGUAUUAUGUUGGCUACGGAGUUGCAGCGCGGAUAAUUGCUGUCAAAUACUCCGUAUAAUUUAAAUAAUUGCGUUUUUUUCCUGAUUUGAUAUUUUUUCCCGCAGCUGCGCGGGGGGACAUAGCCGGAGCUUUGAGGGCGCUGCGCGUUUUUAAAGCCCGAAAUAGUCGCUGUCAGGGCUACUGUUUUGUUGAUGUCAUCCGCGGCAGAGCUGUAGCGACCUUCAAUUUCUAAAGGCAAGACCGGGAUAAACAAAGACUCGUUUUUUGGGGUGUUCUUUUCCUCCCCUUUCUUUGUGUUGUUGUUUUUUUUAUAACACUCAGCACCAAGGAUGGGACUUUUGCUGCCCUGUAUCCUGCUGUUAUCUGCCUCCACUUUCACAGCCGGUGUGGAUUUCCAGCGGGGACCCAAACCCUUCGGGCAGUCGGUUUUCGUGAGGCGUUCAUACAUUGAGGAGAGAGCUGCGAACAUCGUCAAGAGGUCUCUGCCUGCAUGGCUGUCCGCAUCGCCAAAGCACAGUAUAAAACGAAGGAGCGCCGAGCAGGGCGACUCCUGCGAAGCUCUUCAAGGAUAUGACACCAAGUUAGCAGAGAACACCCACAGUUAUACCUUCAAUGACCUGAGUGGGUCAGUGUCGCUGGCCUGGGUUGGAGAUGGCACAGGGGUCAUCCUGGCUUUGACCACUUUUCAGGUUCCCUUCUUCAUGAUAAGACUUGGGCAGUCCAAACUAUAUCGCAGUGAGAACUACGGGAAGUCAUUCCAGGAUGUGACCAACCUCAUCAACAACACCUUCAUCAGAUCAGAGUUUGGAAUCGCUAUCGGUCCCGAGAACUCUGGGAAAGUUAUCCUGACAGGAGAAGUGUCUGGAGGUCACGGGUCUCGGAUCUUUGUCUCCGAUGACUUUGGAAAGAGUUUUAGCCACCAGGACCUGCCCUUCAUCCCCCUGAUGCAGAUCACAUACAACCCUGACAAUUCCAAUGUGCUGAUGGUCCUCAGCAACAGUAAUGAACUGUGGCUGUCUGAAGAUUUUGGCAGCAACUGGAAAAAGCUCCACGACAUGGUGUGUCUGGUGAAAUGGGGAAGGAAAAAUACCAUCUUCUUAACAGCCAGCCUCAACGGAUCCUGCAAUGAUCGGGGAAUGUUGGAACUGCGGAGGAUAACGGACUACGGUAAAACCACCAAGACUGUCGCCAGUAAGGUCUACUCCUUCGGCCUGGGUGGGCGCUUCCUCUUUGCCUCUGUUAUGACAGGCAAGGGCACAAUGAGGAUGAUCCACGUGUCAGUGGACCAGGGCGAGACGUGGAACAUGGCCCAGCUGCCCCCUGUUGGUCACGAGCAGUUCUACUCCAUCCUGGCAGCGAACGAUGAAAUGGUCUUCAUGCAUGUCGAUGAGCCCGGAGAUACAGGGUUUGGUACCAUUUAUGUAUCAGAUGACCGGGGCACUGUCUACUCCAAGUCAUUGGAGCGCCACCUUUACACCACCACGGGGGGCGAUACAGACUUCACUAACGUCACCUCCCUGCGAGGAGUUUUCAUCACCAGUGUCCUGGCAGAAGAUAACUCUGUGCAGUCUGUGGUGUCCUUUGAUCAGGGAGGGGAAUGGGUUCCUCUGAGGAAACCUGCCGACAGCAAGUGUGAUGCUACAGCCAAAGACCCAGACAAGUGCAGUCUCCACAUCCACGCAGCCUACAGUAUUGCUAUGAGGCUGAAUGUCCCCAUGCUGCCUCUGACUGAACCAAACGCAGUGGGUCUCAUCUUAGCUCAUGGGAGUGUUGGCGAUGCCAUCUCAGUGAUGAAGCCUGAUGUGUAUGUGUCUGAUGAUGGGGGGUACACCUGGAUAAAGGCCCUCGAAGGGCCCCAUCACUACGCUAUUCUGGACUCUGGAGGGCUACUGGUUGCUGUGGAGCACAGCGUCAAUCAACCUAUCAACAAGAUCAAGUUUUCUACUGAUGAAGGACAGUGCUGGGGUGUGUACACUUUUACCAAAGACCCUAUUUACUUUACUGGUCUGGCAUCUGAGCCUGGAGCUCGUUCCAUGAAUGUCAGUAUCUGGGGCUACAGAGACUCCCUCCUCAGCCAGUACUGGAUCUCAAUCACCAUCGACUUCAGGGAUCUUCUCACCAGAGACUGUGACGACAAUGACUAUGUGCAGUGGUUGGCCCACUCUGAUGACAUCAGUGACCCCAAUGAUGGGUGCAUGCUGGGCUACAAAGAGAAGUUCCUGCGUCUCAGGAAGGACUCUGUUUGCUGGAACGGACGGGAUUACGAGGUCAACACUCAGCCAACCCCGUGUCCGUGCACCCUGGACGACUUCCUCUGUGACUUUGGAUACUACCGUCAGGAGAACAGCUCGGAGUGUGUGGAGCAGCCGGACCUGAAAGGCAAAGUGCUGGAGUUCUGUCUGCACGGCGAAGAGGAGAAACUACAGACUAGUGGCUAUAGGAAAAUCCCUGGAGAUAAAUGUGAGGGAGGAGAGAUGCCUGAGCGUAAAGAGAUCGACCUCCGUAAGAGAUGUGUGAGCGACCUGGUGGGCCCAGAACUUCUGAUAGACAGUCCCUCCUCCAAGUCUGUACCCAUUGUGAUAACAGUCAUCAUCAUCAUGCUGCUUAGCAUCGCAGCAGGCGUUGUCUUCGUCAAGAAAUAUGUCUGUGGUGGCAGGUUCUUGGUUCACAGGUACUCGGUGCUGCAGCAGCACGUUGAGGACAAUGCUGUUGACGGGGUGGACGACCCGCUGGAGACCAACCACACUCACAAUGGCAAGAUCGAGUUUCAUGACGACUCAGAUGAGGACCUGCUUGAAUAGCAGGCACAACCUGUUAUGCAACCGAGCAACGGGUUUCCAGUCCUCGCCGUGGCCGGCCGCUGUUCCUGUCACUCUUCUGUCUCCAGCUACUUCUUCCUUUCACCUUCUAGUAUGAACUUUGGCCUCAGCUACCAGACAAAGAGUCUGUCUUAAUCUGCUGUCAUCUAUGAAGAGUAAUGAAUGUACGGAGGCUUCCUGGGACUAACAUCACAGUUGAGGAGAACUAUGAAGAAGGUCUUGUAAUGUUGUGCUUCAGUUAUUGAUUCUAUUGAUUGAGUUUGAAUCUCCAAGUUAUUUAUUUUAGAGAAUGAAGAACUGGUGCAGCAACUUGAACUGCUGACAGAGCCAGAGUAAUGGGUUUUUGAAGCAAAGCUAGUUGUAUAAAUCCACCACCAUUGCAUUACGGGUCCUGCUCCUGGAAAUACUUCCCACUUCUAUAGAUCCGUGUCCUUUUUUCACACGCAUUGUACAUAAACCUGCUUUUCUUUGCCAUUUUUUGAUGUGGUAUCAAAUGGGUAGGUGUUGAAAAGGUUGCUGUUGGUAGCUGGUUAAAUACUCUCCCAAACCACUUGAGUCUUACUCCCUACUUUUAAAAAAGUAUUUGUUGGUCAAAAAGUGUACCCCGGAUGGCCAAGAGUAUGUAAAUUUUAGGUUUUUAGCCUCCUCCUCUGGGUACCGAUUUGUGAAAUCCCCUGUUGUAGUCUGUAUUUGGAAUACAAGCCUGCAUACUUUUGGUACUCCAUGGCACUGAGAUCCAUGGUUGAAGUAAUAAGACGCAAGUGGAAAUUUACCACUUGCAUUUGGUUCAUAGCAAUAACAUGUUUAGAUUCAGUAUCUUGUCCGUGCACGUUAACUAAUCCUAUUGGCACGAUAUCUCGGAUGUGUCCAGUUGUUCCGUAUGAUGAAUGGACAUUUCAUUGCGUGAAACACACAACAUGUAUAAGAUGGUAAAGUGUCUGUUUCAAGACAGGAUUUGUUCAAAAGCACAAGGUCCUUUGAAUGCCUAGAGUUUGUAGUUUAACAUUUUUCCUAAACGUGACCUAAUGAUUAACGUGAUAAGACUGUCAUAAUCACUGUAGUCACAUUCAAGUCGUGUUUAUAAUCAUUUGAGCGUUUUUUGUACGAACAGACUUUUGAACUCAUGUAACAAAUGACAAAUUGUUGUUCGAAUAUGUUCAGAGAUGACAGAAAUUAUUAUAGUUUGAUAGUAAAUAUCUACAGAUAUUUUUUACAUCCAAUUCAGAUGAAUACAUCAAUAUAAUCUGAUAACAGAAGCACAGGAGCAAUGCGAAAAAACAAUUCACUUAUGUAAAUGUUGUAUAGCAUAAUUAACACUGUAGCCUGUUAGUUAACAGACAUGGUUGUGUAAGACUGUUUUUUUUUAUUGGUAUUUACAUCUGAGGUGGAGCAAAUAACAGGGUUAUUAAACGUUUCUCAUCUGUGUCUUAUACAGUUAACUGCUGUUUUCUUUGUAAUCAUCCUGAUACUACUGUCGUUUUGGAACUAGACUGGAUUGACCAAUGCCUCUCAACAGAUCUGUCUCGUCUCUCUUACAUGUUUUUUUUUUUCUUUUUAAAUGUCUGUUGCACAAAUAUUUGUCUGUCCCGUGUUAAAUAUGUUGCUUUCGUACAGGCUUUAUUUAUUUGUGACUAGCAGAUUCUGAGUGCAGUAAAUUGGAUGUGGUUAUACAAGUGCCUGGUGUGAGGAUUUGAUGUGAGGCCCUCCCAAUGUGUGGCCAGCGUCUAUUUACUGAUAAUUAUUUAUAUCAACUUGUGUGCAGCCAGUUUCAUCCAGUUUGUCAGUGACACCCCUAAGUUGCAAUUGCCUAAGAUGAAUCCUUGAGCAGUGAAGGAAUUGUCUGUUUCAUACAAACUCCUAUUGAACUGCAUGUGUUCAAUAGUAUGUAAAUCCACACAGCUUUGUAAAGAAAAUAUCCUACAAUAACCUGGUUAUUCACUUUUGUUUCGUGGCAUGAGACUAAAUUCUGGCUGUGAAACUUUGACAAGAGAGUCAACUCAAAUAAAAAAUACAGAUUGAAUACAGGGUUAUUAUGUAGCUGCUGUACACUGGGAGACACUCGGCGAGUUCUUAUUUAAUGAUGAUUUAUUGCAUUAGGUGAAGGUAACACAUUUUUCUUAAAGUUUAAAACUGCUGUAUAAAUUAAUAAGUCAAUGUGAUGGUUCUGUAAAUAUACAAGGUUACAUCUUUGUAUCUGCUAUGUUUCUCUCUUCUGUAUAUUUGAGGCAAUUUUCUUUGGGUUUGCCAAUAAAUUCAUAUGUUCCUCUA